AUGGAGCGGGCCGAGGGCCGGCCCGGCGCCGUGCAGUACGUGCAUGUGCAGCUGCAGGGCGGCGCGCCCUGGGGCUUCACGCUGCGCGGGGGGCUGGAGCACGGCGAGCCCCUCAUCGUCUCCAAGGUGGAGGAUGGCGGGAAGGCGGCCCUGUCCCGCAAGCUGCAGCCGGGCGACGAGCUGGUGAACAUCAGCGGGACGCCGCUGUACGGCUCGCGCCAGGAGGCCCUCAUCCUCAUCAAGGGCUCCUACCGCACCCUCAAGAUGAUCGUGCGCAGGAGGAACGUGCCCGUUCUCCGGCCUCAUUCCUGGCACAUGGCCAAGCUCUCCGAGCUCCAUCCCGACGCCACUGCCAUGCACUGCCCUGCCGACACCUUCAGCCUCUCCUGGCCCUCGGGAUGUGAUGUCAGCACGGACAAGAGCAGCUCCAUUGGGAGCAUGGAGAGCCUGGACCAGCCCAGCCAGGCCUACUACGAAGGGAACCCCUCGCCUGUUGACCAGGGCCUGUACCACAACAAGCGCGACUCGGCCUACAGCUCCUUCUCCGCCAGCUCCAACACGUCCGACUGCGCCCUCUCCCUCCGUCCCGAGGAGACCUCCUCCACCGACUCCAUCCUCCAGGGCCUGGCCCCCUGCAAGCCCCCGGACGGGCGCUACCUGCAGACGGGCGCCGAGGGCGCCGAGUCGCCGGGCCCGCCACCGUCCCCGCAGCGCGAGCGGCAGCCGGUGGCGCCGGCGGGCAGGGGCCGCUGGCGCUGGUCUCCCGAGCGCAAGCUGCAGCCGCAGCGCUCCCCGAGCCCCCGGGAGCCGGAGGGCUACGGCAAGGCCCAGGAGGCGCCGGCGUCGCCGCUGCGGCCGGGCGACGAGGCCGUCCUGCUGCCCUUCGCCGACCGGCGCCGCUUCUUUGAGGAGAGCAGCCGGCCCCUGCCCCCUCGGCACGUCAAGCCCGGCGCCUACCGGCCCAAGGCGCCCGAGCCCGACGCCUUCCAGCCAGUGGGCACCGAGUGCCGCGACCCCCGGCGCCUCUCCCUCGACCAGCCCUACGGGCCGCCCUCGCCCGCUCGCCCCGGCGCCGCCGGCCCCUACGCCGAGUGCUGCCACGAGCAGCCUCCCUACUACAACCCGCUGGCGCGGCGCGGGGACUACGAGUACCUGCGGGCCUUCCCGUACGGCUACGGUGGCGCGGGCGCCGUGCUGCGCGAGCCCUGCCGCUACUGCUCCRCGGAGCUGUGCCCCUCGCUGCUGCCCCACGGCCAUGCCUACCGCUGCCCGCCGCCGCCCUGGGCCCGCUACUCCGAYUGCUACUGCCCGGCCCCCCGCGCCGUGCGGGAGGAGAGCGACGCGUGGUCAGCACGGAAAGCCUUCCCUGYGGAAUUUCCUCUGGACGAGUGGGAGCCCCCGGCGAUAAACAGGAAAACCAGCCAGUCGGUGAGUGAGCUCUCCCGCUACAAGCCGGGCUUCCCGCGCUACGGCCCCUUCCGCCCGUGCUUCGAGGACGCUGAGCAGGAGUGGCUGCCCUGCUACCGGACCACGUCCACGCACGACCUGUCGUGGGACGGCGAGCGGCCCGCACGCUCCCCCGAGAGCCCCCCGGAGCCCCUGCAGCGCCCGCUGCGUGGCAGGGCCUUCUCCGAGAGCCACCUCAACGUGCAGCCGCCCAGCCCGCGGGGCAGGGACCGCAGGGAGCUGCCCCGUGCCAAGCCCGAACCUGCCGGCGCCCCCAAAAAGAAGGGCCCACCGCCCCCCCGGCCUCCGCCCCCCAACUGGGAGAAGUACAGACCGCGGCGGCCGUCGCACCCGCAGCCCUUCCCGGCGGAUGGCCCCGGGUCGGGCACGGCGGCGCCGGAGCAGCCGCGGACGCCGUCGCGCAGCAUCGCCGAGGUGGUGCGGGAGCGCUCGCGGAGCCUCCCCGCCGGGCAGACAGGCAAGACGCCGGACGCCUGGGCCCCGCUGGAGCGCCCUGCCGCCCGCCCCUACGGCCCCGGCUCUCUGCGGAGGACGCCGGAGCCCGAGGCUGGUGCYGCCGAGCUUUGCAGGUUGGAUGAGGCCGAUGAAGAGCGAGCGACGGUGAGACCCCCUUGGGAAAAGGAAGAGCAGCCCCAGAGGGUCAGCCGGAGCCAGGACCAGGGCUGGGCCAGCUCCUGCGGCGCUGGUGAGUGCUCCCUGCCUGCGCCCAGGGCCCCAGCAAGGACCACCCCUCACACCGGGCCCAUCUCCUCUCCCCCAGCGCCCAAGGAGCCGGAGGGGAGCCCGGAGGUGCUGGAGGGAGCCAGGCAGCGGGCGGGCACACCGAGCCGGCCCCAGCCACGCCGCAUGAACUCGGAGGAGCUCAUGUGGGACGUGGCGGGCCGGGACCGCUCGCUCGCCAGCAUCCUYGUGCCGCCCGCCGGGCUCGUCACCGCCGCCGAGCUCAUGGGCGAGCUGCUGGCCGGCGGCGAGCGGCAGGCCUGGAAGGAGCGUUUCCAGCAGGACUGGCGCCUGGACGCUGUGGCGCAGGACAGGCAGGGCUUCGAGCCCAUCUCGCCACCCCCCACCAGCCCCACCUCCUACUCAGCCUACUACAACACGUCAGCGGGCAAAGCCGAGCUGCUCAACAAGAUGAAGGAGCUGCCGGAGGUGGCYGAGGGGAGCUCGGAGGACGACGAGGUGGAUCACGAGCUGGUGGAGAAGAAGAUGCAGCUGAUCGAGAGCCUGAGUCGGAAGCUGUCGGUGCUGCAGGAGGCGCAGCGGGGGCUGCAGGAGGACAUCAGCGCCAACGGGGCGCUGGGCGAGGACGUGGCAGCGCGCCUGCAGGCCCUCUGCACGCCCGGCGAGUUCGACAAGUACCGCCUCUUCGUGGGCGACCUGGACAAGGUGGUGAACCUGCUGCUCUCCCUCUCGGGGCGCCUGGCCCGCGUGGAGAACGCGCUCAACAGCCUGGGGCCGCACACCUCCGCCGAGGACAAGGUGGCCCUGCGGGAGAAGAAGCGGCAGCUGGCGGCGCAGCUGGAGGACGCCAAGGAGCUCAAGGAGCACGUGGGGCGGCGGGAGAAGGCGGUGGGCGCCAUGGUGGCGCGCUACCUGCGCGACGAGCACCUCCAGGACUACCAGCACUUUGUCAAGAUGAAGUCAGCCCUCAUCACCGAGCAGAGGGAGCUGGAGGAGAAGAUCAAGCUGGGCCAGGAGCAGCUCCGCUGCCUCCAGGAGAGUCUAGGCCAGGCCCCUGUGGGCUGCUAGCCACCAAGCCCAGGCCGCCCGGCCUCCCCUUGCGAGGGCAGUGCAAGCUCCUCUCUGCU